UGCUACAGAGCGGACGUAACGCUGUAGCACUCGCGUAGACCUUGACACAAAUAAGCACUAUUCCACGCGAAUUUGUUUCGUUUGUGAAAAUCUCAAAAACACGAAUAAUUCCGUGUCUGUGUUUGUGAUUGUAUGCAGAUAAGAGUUGAAACCGGAAAUGUGCUGACAGGGUAAACAAAAUGGCCGUCGAAUUGAUAGUAUUGGCGCUUUGCAUUUCAACGGCGACCGCUGCGAAAUGUACAACUGGCUUCUCAGUGGUAGCCCCAGAGGUAGCAGUACCAGGCAAGACAACAGCAGUGCUUGUCACACUUCACGGCAGAGAGGGUGCUGAAUUGGAUCCCCUAAAUGUCACUGUCAAGUUGGAAACUCAAGACAUUCAUAAUGACGUUAAAUUACUGAUGACAGCCAGUCAAAUGAUAACAGGUUACGGCAUCAUUCCACUCAAGAUUCCUUUAUCGCCAGCAUCACACUGCACUCUUCACACGACGGUAGGCUGUGUCGGCAUCGAAGAGUGUACUGCCAAAAGCCAUAGUGUUAUCAAGCUUCUGGGCCCUGUGCGUGAUGUAAUCGUCAGACCUGCUCGACACCAUUAUAGACCCGGGGAGACCAUUACAUUCUGGAUAUUGGCGUUAGACCACGACCUACGUUUGGUGCGAAAUGAACUUGCGUACGUCGCAUUGAAAAACCCGGCCGGCACCAAAGUGGCAAUAUGGGAGCAGUUGUCUCUGGAUGAGGGUGUUCGGAAACUGACAGCCAUCAUUGCGGCCGGUGCCCAAACCGGUACUUGGACAAUUGAAGCUGUCUGCGGUGGUGGUUCAGCGCAUGUGGAACUGUCCAUUGGGUCUGGACCAGGUGCAACGACACCAGCAACACCUGCAGCAGAACAACACUCUGUAGAACUUAAGUUUGCUGACAGUAUGCGACGGAGAUACAAACCUGGUUUACCAUUUGUUGGAAGGGUAGAAGCAGUGAGCACAGAGAAGCGAGUUCGAGUCCGGGUAAAGUUAUACGAUGACGAAACUGAUAUAUACAGCCAGGAUAUCGACAUGUCAACGGGCGAGGGUGGAUUUAUUGUGCCCACUGUCAUGGCCGAUGCACCGUUUGUUAAUUUACAGGCCGAGUUAGUAGCGGUGGAAGGAAAGGAAAUAGAAUCUCACUACGUUCUAGCGCGAGAACGGAUUCGUCGCUGGAAUUCAACGUCUAAGUGUUAUCUGCUUGUGGAAAACUUACCAACUCCAUUACAAGCUGGAGGAGUAGCGAGUGCCAGUGUUUGGUCCUCGUGUGGUUGUCGGCAGCGCCUGCUAGCGGCUGUUACAAGUGGAGGUCGUGCUGUGCACUGGGCGGCGGUACCAGCACCCACACGGAACCAUAGCGAUCUUUGCCGAUUCAACUAUACAUUCCCCGUGACAGCUGACAUGGCGCCAGUUAGCUCUCUACUCGUCUACUACGUAACAGAAAGCGGCGAACCAGUCAGUGAUGUGGCCAGUUUUCAUGUGAAGCUUCUGCAUAAAGAGGUGGCAGUGGCAAUUGAGGAAAGACGAUGGUGGUAUCCAAGGGCGAGUCUCCAGCUAAGAGUCUUGGCUCCCCCCGACUCCAUGAUGUGCUUGAUUGGAGCUCGCACCCCAACUGAUUCUCGAUUCGAUGGGCAUUCUUCUUCAUCAGAACACGAAGAUCUACCAGGACCGGAGUUCGUAUCAGCUGGCGUGUCACUUUUCGUGGGUGGUGGCGCGUGUGGAGGUGGCGUCUUAUACCGACAGAGAACACCUCAAGUUCGGUCUCCAGCUCAUCUAGUACCACCAGCCACGCAUGAUAGACUCUGGAUGUGGAAAUGCUUUAAUUACACGACACAGCUAUCGACUGAUGGCGUCACAAUCGCGGCGCCAUCGGAAGCCGGUCGCUGGUCACUCUGGGCACUUUCUCUUUCGAGCCGAGGUCUUCGAUUUUCUGCUCCGAAGACCAUCAACGUCUUCCGACCUAUACAACUGGACUUCGCCCUCCCUCCAGCCCUAAAAGUUGGCGAAACUGUCGAAGUGGAUGUGAAGAUAACGAACAAUAUUAACAAUUGUAUGGAUGUCACCGCGCUUUUAGCAUUAAGUGCUGGAGCUGCGUUUGCCAGUACUGGGGCUCUUUAUGUCACCGAAAGACUUCGGUUGGGACCUCGCGGCGGCACCCAACUUGUUGUAAGAGUCGCUGUAAAUACACCUGGAAGGAAGAAUAUUACAGUUGAAGUAACCGGAUAUAGUGCUGACAACUGUUCAGUCUCAUAUACCUCCUUCAACAAUGAAACACUUGUGGGUUCUGUUAUACGAUCAGCUAGUGUUCUGGUCUUGCCGGAAGGUCUGCAUAGAAGCGAUACGCAGAGUGCAUAUUUCUGUGCUAAUGAACACCUGGCUGUAUCAUCUCGCGGUUCAUGGGAGUGGCAAUGGGUGGCUGCGCCGAGGAACCGGGCAGGGUUAGUCCUUGAACUAAGAGCUCAAGGCUCGGCUCAUGUGGCAUUGUCCACUACGCAGGAAGCAUCUGAUGAUAUGUAUCGAGUCGUGUUUGAGAGGAGUCGAGUCUGGAUCGCUAAAGGAAAACAUGGUUAUGACGUCCAUCUAGCAAGAGCGGAACAGACAGAAACAGACGACGAAUGUUCUGGAACAUCAUGGUGCGCGUUUUGGGUCUGGUGGGAAGGGGGCAGACUCUCGGUUGGGAAAGGAGCGUCGCCAAAUGAAAGGCCAUUACUCGUAUGGCCUUUGCCGAGUGAUAUGCGGAUUAAAUAUGUCGGCUUCAGCGCUUUGUGGGGCGAUAAGGCUGAUUUCAGAAUAUGGAACUUCAACGAAGAAGCCGGCUUCUCCCAAGUAUUGGAGCUAGGUCUCCCUCACGGCGUAGUCCCUGGUUCAGCAUCUGGCACUCUCCUUGUUUCUGGAGGUCUACAUCUUCCUCUGUACAGCCAAACAGACUCCUCAGACCAGUGGGCAGUUGUGUGGAAGGAUUCACAAUUGUCAGCCGCUUCAGCAAGUUUAGCGCCAUUAUUGGCUUUAGAGCAUAUUCCACAUUUGGUAGAAGAUGCGGAGAAAGAGAGGAUUUUGCAAAAACUACCUGAACAGGUGCAAAUCUUGCUAUCAUUCCGCAAAAGCGAUAAUUCCUUCAGCGACCAUCCAUCAGUCAGCAGUCACGUAUCCACAGUGAAAAUCCUAGAAAUUCUCAACAAAAUACAAUCAUACUACCCGAUAGAUCCUAAUUUACUACAGUCUAUCAAAACUUGGGUACAAAAACGCCAAAGACCAGAUGGCUCAUUUACUCCUUUAGCUGCUGAUAAAGAAGUAGAUUAUUAUCCGGUUGAGUUCAAAUUUAACGAAACGGAUGUGAACGAAUAUUAUUAUGAUAAAGAUGGAAAUAUGACAGAAGAUGAAAUUAAUGCUGAGAGGACGGUUGAAGUCACCGCUGAAACUUUGGUGGCGUUGCUGGAGAUUGGUGUGGAAAAUCAGUUGGACGCAGAUGUAGCACAAAAGGCUCAGCAAUACUUGGAGAAGAAUCUGCACAAACUGACGUCACCAGCCGCGCUUGCCGCUACAGUACUAGCUUUAGUUCUGGCCAGGAGUCCAAUAGUACCAGAAGCUCUAAUAAUUCUAAGAAAUGCCUCGACGACCGCGGAGGGUGAGUUCGGAUGGCCUCCGCCACGGAAGGACGCCGCAGAUUGGCUCCUCGAAGAAUCGUCCAGGAAUAUCAAGACUACUUCAUAUGAAGCCGUAUCAAUGGAACAAUAUGUAGCGGGUGUGAGAGUGUUGUUAACUGCGUGCGCACGUGGCGCUCUAGCUGAAGGAGAAGCGGCUGCCCGGUUCCUCUACUACAGAGCAUCUACUCUCCAACGUCAUCCCAGCCUCGCCUACAUUGCCACUAAGGCCGCUGCACAAUAUGCUGCCCUUGCGCAUGACAGACACCGGGCUCUAACCGUAUCGUUGGCAACGGCGGGAAUGGAAUUGACUGAUACCUUGGAACUACGAGCUAAGACUCCACCAAGACCUCUUCAACUUCCAGGUCUUCCCACCAAAGUGUUUGUUUACGCCACUGGAGCUGGAUGUGCUACUGUACAGGGAACAAUUUCAUAUUCGACUUACGCACCGAAACCAGAAAAUGCAUUGCUAAAUAUUCAGACGGCAAUCAUUGAAGAGAUUCGCCCAGAGAGGAGCAGCAUCGAAGAUCUACAAGGAAAUCUGCCAACCUUGAUUAUUAAGACUUGUUUCAAGUGGAAGGCUAAGGAGCCGUCUGGAAUAUUACGUGUGGAAGUAUCACUGUUCUCGGGAUACACACUAACAGCUGUGAACCCGGUAGUACUAGCUGGAGCCACCUUCGCAGAACUUCACUACGGCUCACGCGGAGAAGCAGUUUGGUUCGUCUUCAAUAAUAUCAGCUCAACAUGCCCCAUCUGUGUGACAUACGAGGCGCGAUCAAAAUUCAUCAUAACAAGCCUUCGACCUGCAUUUGCGAAGAUUUAUCCCUCAUCUAGGCCAGACCUCGCAGUGGAAACUUUCUUCCACGCAAACCCCGGAAGUCCACUCCUUAGAGGCAUCACUGAUGACGAUUUUAUAACUUGGUUUGACAAAAAUGGUAAACCAAGUACUAAUAUUGAUAAUAUUUGCGAAUGCGGACGUAUUUGUAGUAGGGACUAUGAGUUUAGGAAACCUAAAAGUGACAAUGUCACGGACGCUACAACUGAAGUAAAUGUUCAGACAACUGAACCUUUUAUUACGAAAAGUGCAACAACGGAAAGUAUAACAACGGAAAGGGUAACAACAAAACAUGUAACUACUCAAAGUGCAGCAACGGAAAGUAUAACAACAGACGGUGUAAAAACGACAAUCGAAAAUGUACCUUAUACCGCUAAUAACGACGUAACUACGACUCAAACUACGAAUAACGACACUUCACAUAAUAUUUUUACUAAUUUAACUUUAGAAAAUCUUGAAACUACCACUAAUAUAGUUAAUACAAAUACUGAUGCUAAUUUAAAAGAAAAACAAGAAUCCACUACUUUUAAAAAUGAUGUCCAUAUUAAAAUCCCAAUAUUCAAGAAUUCUAGUGAAAAACAAAUAAACAAUAAUCUUGAACCGCAUUUACUUAGUAAAGACCUUGUGAACAAGAUAUCCAAGUCAAAAUUUUACCCGAAGAAAAUGGAUAUAAAAAAGAAACCUUUACCAAGAAGGAAAGGUACUUUAAAAGCAACAUAUGGAGAUAAACAAGACAAAUACUUUUCGAAAGUUAAAUCAACCGAUAAUCCUAACACAACCACUAUUUUAACAAAUAUUAUUCAAAUUAAUAACACACAAAAUAUUCAUAUUCAAACAACCUCAGAAAGAAAUAACGUAACAGCCUCUCCUAUAGUCAGUUUACCUACGUCACGCCCAGAAACAUCUACAAUAGCUCACACAAUAACAGCAAUCACAAAAAGCAAUAUAAAAUCAGUACACUACAAAACAAAAAAACCAAAAGCCCGUACACAAAUACAAAAACCAAACGUAACCACCAACCAAACGCUCAACACAAAAACAGACGAAAAUAAAACAAAAAUUGAUAAAAUAAAACCGUUAAAGUCUAUUAACAAAGAGAUUCACAAAAUACCGUCAACACCGAUUUCUGAGACUUCAAAAGUUUUGAGUAAUCUUAAAUCAGAAGUUGUACCAGAAAAUAAAGAUGGCUUCGAAAUACUUGACAAAAAUCAUAUUUGGGAGUUGCUCAAAGAAGACCCAGAUGAUAUGAAAAUUGAUAAAAAUAUCGUGAAGGUGUCAAAUUUAAACGAUAAUCGGUCAUUAUAAACUAUAUUGGAUUUAGAAUCCUUAUUUUAUAAACCAUCUCAUUUGACUGUUUGACUAAAUUAAAAUACAGGACAAGUUACGUAUUCAUUCGUUUAAUAAUUUAUUGCGUUUGGAUUGGUAUAACAUUCUUGCUACAACUUUUGGUACUUCUAAACUGAAAAUUUGCUUUAUAUACUUUUACUUGAUACUAAAGCUAGAUUAGGUUUGUAAGUUCACUUUGGAAAAACAAUACGAUUCUUGUAAAAACCUAUGAAACUGGCGAUUUAAGAGAAUUUAAACGAGAAUUAAAAACAACUUCAAAGAUAUCUUAGCACAUGUGUUUGUUAGGAUCGUAUGCACUCAUAUUGUAAAUAUAUAUUAAGAUUGACUUAAAUAAAUGUGCUGUGACGUACGAUAGAUGUGUAUUUUAACUAAUCUCUAAGAUUGACAUUUUUUUAACGACUGAUCACUCAAAGUUACCUCGUUCGGUGGAGUUUGUAAACAUAUAGUUUACAGUUUAUUUAAACAAUUUGGCAAAAAUAGUGGCGAUGCAGUAGAAAAGGUAAGCUUCAAGCUUCAGACGUAGUUCAAGUUAGAAAAGCUAGAUAUAUAAAAAAAAAAUAAGUUAAUUAAAUUUGGUAUCUUAUGCCCAUUUGUGUUUUAAAAUUUGAAAUAUCUCGGAUCAAUACGAUGACCUGCUCUGCAUAAAUUUCUCAACAGAAAACUGUUUUUAAGUUAACGUUUCUAACGUUUUUUCGGAUUUAUAACUUCGCUUUGAGGUUCGGAUUCAAUAGUCCAAAGGUUGUAAAGUUAGUCUUAAGUUGUAAAUAUCAUCCAAAAAGAUGCCAAAAAUCCUUUCUUUAGAUUGUGUAACCCUUCGUAGUCCCUUAGGAUUGUAGCGUUCUAGUGUGUAAUGCGAGUGCCCCAGAAUUUCCAUCCGUCUAUACUAUUCUUCUAUCUAUUGUACUUAAAUCGUAGUUACCGGCUUUGUAUACAAAGGCGUGCUGACAAGGUUCAACAUUAAUAUAACCAAUAUUUAUGGAAUAGACAUUAACGUCAUCAAAAUCUGUUUAUAAAACUGACAAAACUGAAACAUGAUAAUUGCUGCUUCAUUUUUAGUCCCCAAUUUUGUUGUCUUUACGAAGUUUCAAACUAAAGUAUUUUUACUUGGAUUCUAUAAUGCAUAAUCUAAUGCUUUACAAACUAUUUUAUUCACUAAAAUACUUCUCACGAUCUACAUAUACCUAGUGUUAGCUGUCUUGCUUUGUAGCACGCCUUUGUCUUUGCCGCCUCACCGUAGAUUUCCUAGAUGUUUUUUUCUUCAUUUAGAUUCAUCAUUACCCUAAUAUAUCUUCACUAGGUUGUCAUCCAUUGUCUUAGUUAAUUUAUUAGAACUAGAUUUUUCGAAUGCUAGAAAUAAUAGUAGUAUUUUUAGUAUAAUUUGACAUCUAUGACCUUGCUCAUUUCAAUUGACUUUGGCAAUCACCAAAAAUGUGUUAAUUUUAAUUUACUUUAAAUUUACCUGUAAGAACGAAAGUAUGAACGUAGAGAAGUUUUUACUAAAGCAACAGUGAAGUUUUAUCACUCAUUCGGUCUUUUGUUAAAAUAACUGUAAUUCUUAGACGUGUAAGCAUAAUGUAAGAAUUGGUUUGUAUUGUAAAUGUACGGUUGUAUCGUCAUAGGUGCUUGUGCGGAGUUCGUCAAUUUCAAAUGUAAAUUACCUUUUGAUCGCAAAUGAAUAUAGUUUUAAACUAAUUUUAUGCUUACAAUUAAGCUAGACAUUAAU